CAGUACAAUGCCGAGAAAAAUAAUUAGGUAAAUAUAAUAAAUAUCGGGACGGCGACUAUGUUCUGCGGUUUCUUCUUUUUGCUUGCUAACUUCCCACAUCCACUAAUUAUUGUUGGAUCACCCGCUCCUUCGAAACUUUUGAUCUCUACCUUUUGAUAUCUCGUCUGCCUUCUUCUUUCUUACUUUUCACGUAUAUCUUCUUUAUCCGCGAAACAUAAUGGGUUGCGUUCAAUCAACAGGUGUCGACAGCGAAGCCAAGGCUCGUAACGAUGAGAUUGAAAACCAGCUCAGGCGAGAUAGGAUGAUGGCCAAGAAUGAAAUUAAAAUGUUACUGCUGGGAGCGGGAGAGUCAGGAAAGUCUACCGUCCUCAAGCAGAUGAAGCUAAUCCAUCAUGGCGGCUACAACGACUCUGAACGAGAUUCUUACAAGGAAAUCAUUUACUCAAACACCGUCCAGUCUAUGCGCGCUAUUCUUGAGGCCAUGCCUCAACUCGAUAUUUCCCUAUCACCGCAGAAUGAUGCCCGUCGCGCUGUUAUUCUCGCGCUUCCUGGCCAAAUUGAGGGUGACGUGCUUCCAAGAGAUGUCGCCGACGCUAUCCGAGGACUUUGGCGAGACUCAGGUGUCAAGGAGGCCGUUCGCCGGUCACGGGAGUUCCAGUUGAACGAUUCUGCCGUCUACUACUUCAAUGCAAUCGACCGCAUGUCUGCACCAGGGUACCUGCCGACAGAUCAGGAUAUCUUGCGGAGUAGAGUCAAGACGACCGGUAUCACUGAGACCACGUUUAAGGUCGGUGAACUUACGUACAAGCUCUUUGAUGUCGGAGGUCAGCGAAGUGAACGUAAGAAGUGGAUUCACUGCUUCGAGAACGUCACAGCGUUGGUAUUUCUGGUGUCAUUGAGCGAGUAUGAUCAGAUGUUGUACGAAGAUGAGAGUGUUAAUCGUAUGCAAGAGGCGCUAACUCUCUUCGACUCGAUAUGCAACUCUCGGUGGUUUGUCAAGACAUCCAUUAUCUUGUUCUUGAACAAAAUCGACCUGUUCGCUGAGAAACUCCCACAUUCACCACUUGGCGACUACUUCCCAGACUACUCUGGCGGUGACAACUACGACGCCGCUUGCGAUUACUUGCUUCACCGCUUCGUUGCGCUCAAUCAGAAUGCGGCAACAAAGCAAAUAUACGCCCAUUAUACUUGCGCAACAGAUACUCAACAAAUCCGAUUCGUAUUGAGUGCCAUUCAAGAUAUUCUCCUACAAAUUCAUCUUCGUGAGUGCGGUCUGCUGUGAUGGCAUCAUACCGCCGCGCUUCUCCUUUUGGUCCUCGUUUUAUCCCAUGCAUCAUCUGCCUCCCGCGCAUGUAGUUCGCUCUACCAGCUUUCAUCGCAUCAGACAUUCACACCCUCUACAUCUUGGCUAUCCAUCUCUCUUAUUUUGGGAUCCCCACGUCUAUCACUGUUCUGUGCGCUCUCCUGAACAUACACGAACGGGUUCAUAGAGAGUGUUUUAUAUCGUUGUGCCU